AUGGCUGCCGUGGGGCCAGCUCAGAUAGGGAUUAUCGGGCAGUUGCUGGUGGGCUCCUGUUGGCAGCAGAAAGGCUGUAAAGCCAUAGGAGGGUUCCCACUUUUCAUCUCCCAGCUGGAACAAGAGGAAGAGCCGUGGGCCCCAGAUUUCCAGGGUUCAGAGGAAAGAGAGAUCCUGAGAGGCAGCUGCAUGGGUGAGGGGAUGGUGAGAGAGACUGUGGAGCAGACGCCUCAGCAGGAAGAGGAGGAAGUGGAAGCACGUGGGGCGUUGUUGCAAAGAUGCAAAGGGAGUGUGUCCAUGAGUUGUGAGCAGGGAAAAGGCUCUCAGGGGCAGCACAGGCCAGAGAAGCGUCAGGGGAACCAGCUAGCGCAGAAAGUUGGAAUAUCUGUUCAUUAUCGGGAAAUUCACAAAGGCCUCAAGGAAGCCACGGCUUGGCAGAGAAUCCUUACGGGAGAGAGAAAUAACACGGGCUUUGAGAGUGGGAAAAAGUUCAGGAGGAGCUCACACCAUUAGAGAAUCCACACUGGAGUGAGACCCUAUGGAUGCUGCGA